AUGGAUGCAGACAGUGAUGUUGCAUUGGACAUUCUAAUUACAAAUGUAGUCUGUGUUUUUAGAACAAGAUGCCGUUUGAACUUAACGAAGAUUGCUUUGGAGGGAGCAAAUGUAAUUCAUAAGCGUGAUGUUGGAAAAGUAUUAAUGAAGCUAAGAAAACCUAGAAUACUUUCCUUCACUACAAUUUGGUCCUCAGGAAAAAUUAUUUGCACUGGAGCAACAAGUGAAGAAGAAGCUAAAUUUGGUACCAGACGUUUAGCACGCUGUCUGCAGAAACUAGGGUUCCAGGUAAUAUUUGUGGAUUUUAAGGUUGUUAACGUUUUGCCAGUAUGUAACAUGCCAUUUGAAAUCCGUUUGCCGGAAUUCACGAAGCACAAUAGACCUCAUGCCAGUUAUGAACUUGAACUUCAUCCUGCUGUGUGCUAUCCAAUAGUCUCCAAGAGCUACAUUACAGAUUUUUCAACAGGAAGUAUCACAGUAACAGUGCCCAAUGUAAAGGCCAUUGCUACUGCUGUGGAACAGAUUUACCCAUUUGUGUUUGAAAGCAAGAAAGAAAUUUUAUAA